UGUGCAUCGGGGAGAACUGACACACACUAGGAUUUUCUCUGAUCGGCAAGACAUCCAGACAAUAGACAAUAUGGUGGCUGUUCAAAAAUCUUGGACAACCCUGAUUGCUUUUGCUAUCUGUGUGCUGGUGUGCCUCGGGACCUUGGUGGAUGCCUAUCCUCCCAAACCUGAGAACCCAGGAGAAGAUGCACCCCCUGAGGAACUGGCGAAGUACUACUCUGCUCUCAGACAUUACAUCAAUCUCAUCACACGGCAGAGAUAUGGGAAGAGAGAUAGUCCGGAAGCUUUGUCAGAUUCCCUCUUUGAUGAUAGCAGGGAUCACAUUGAGAGGUCAAGAUACGAUGAUUCUUUGAUGUGGUGAUCCCAUCUCUUUGUACCUUGUCUACCUUUUGUGUCUUUGCGUUUUAAUUAUGGUGCAGAAGGACCUGACUUCUAAAGAAUUAUGUGAAGACUACAC